AUGGCUACCACGGUUGGGGUGCUUAGUAAAAAGUCAUAUGGUUUGAAAGACGAAGCCAUUUCUCAUUCCCUUGACUCCAUGAAUUCCGUCGAUUUUGUUUCAGCCACUGAUCAUCAUGAUGAAAUCCCCACAGUUGACUACUCUUUGCUAUUUUCUGAUGAUCAUGUUGAACGGGCUAAUGCCCUGGAACACCUUGGCAAAGCAUGCCAGGAAUUUGGUUUCUUUUACCUGGUAAAUGGUGUUGCCGAAAGUGUGGUUGAAGGAGCAUUGAAGGGAAUUUCGGAUUUCUUUCAUCUGACAAAACAGGAGGAGAGGAGUGAGUACUUAAAGAAGAGUUCCAAGGAUAGGAUAAGGUGGGGUCUAAGAAGCCAUGCUGGAGAAAACAGAGAGUUCCUAAAGGUAGUGGCACAUCCCCAGUACCACUGCCCUAGCAAACCCGCCGAUUUCAGAGAUGCCAUUGGAGAGUACUACAAACGGUUCCAUGAGGUUGAACUUGGUUUAGCUAAAGCAAUCUCAAAAAUUUUAGGAUAUGAAGAAACCUAUAUUGAGAAGGAAUUCAAGCUAGAAGCAGGCUUCGAUGUUUCUGCCAUGAAUCUGUAUCCUCCAUCCUUCCACUCCAAAGGUUCCAUCGGUGUCCCUGAUCAUACAGACCCUGGCCUUUUUGUUUCCCUCAUACAAGAUGUUAAUGGCGGCCUUCAAGUGCUCUCUCAUAAUGGAAAGUGGAUCAGUGUUAACAUACCCCGAAACGCCAUUUUCAUAAACCUUGGGGAUCAUCUUGAGAUUUUAACCAAUGGCAAGUACAAGAGUCAUAUUCAUCAAGUGAUCCUGGAUAACAACGAAGUCAGAAGAAUCUCCAUGGCCACACUUCAUGGGCCUUCACUGGACGCAUUCGUAGCCCCAGCGCCAGAGUUCGUGGAUGAGUCUCACCCACCAGCCUACCGAGGGGUGACCUACAAGGAAUCCUUGGAGCUUAAUGGUUACGAUGAAAUCGAUGUCCAGUCAUCUAUUGCACAGCUUCGAAUAUCCAUCUAA